AUGGCAAACACAGAAGCUGGAACCAGUGGUGAUGUUGCACCAGCAUCAGGAUGUGAGUAUCAAGUGUUCCUAAAUUUUAGAGGGUUCGACACUCGUCAUGGAUUCACGGACUUCCUUUACAAUCACUUGGUAGAUGUCGGAAUCCGUGUAUUCAGGGAUGAUGAUGAACUUAACAUCGGUGAAGUAAUUGGUGAGAACUUGGUAAGUGCUAUCAACAACUCCAUAAUUUACAUACCCAUCUUCUCUAAGAAUUAUGCUUCCAGUAAAUGCAAUGCUUUAUCAGAACAUGAGAGGGAGUCUCCUGACCAAGUCAAAGUGUGGAAAGAGGCUCUUGCAAAAAGCUUCCUUAAGGAUGUUCGAGAAACCUCAUCGACCAAGGAGGGCAUAAUCCGGUUGCAGAAGAAAUUACUAUCUGACAUUGGUCGUCCUGAAUCUGCAAAACAAAUCGAGGAUAUUGAAGAAGGAAUGAGGAGGAUCAGAGCAACACUCAGUAAUAAGAAGGUCCUUAUAGUUUUGGAUGAUGUUGACAAGAAAGUGCUCAUUAAGAAUCUAAUGGGAAAUUCCAAAUUAUAUCUAGGAUCUAGGGUAAUUAUUACAACGAGAAACAUAGAUAUUUUGCAAGUUGAGGGGUCUGAAGUUAAAAUUGAACAGUAUGAAAUGCAAAUGAUGGAUGAUAGCCUUGCACUUCAGCUUUUUUGUCGGCAUGCCUUUCAUAGAGACUAUCCUUUGGAUGAUUACCGUGAGCUUUCAAGGAAAAUUGUUUCACUUAUGGGAGGUCUUCCCUUGGCUAUUGAAGUGGUAGGUUAUUUACUUAAGUAUAAAGAAGACAAAACAAUUUGGGAAGAGAAGAUAAUCAAGUUAACUGAAGUACUUGAUAAAGGUAUUCUAGAUGUGUUGAAGAUUAGCUAUGAUGAGCAAGACGAAUUUCAAAAAAAAAUUUCCCUUGAUAUAGCAUGCUUCUUUUUCAAUGAGAAGAAGACCGAUGCUAUUUACAUGUGGGAAAGUUGUAAAUUUUAUCCUCGAGGAGGAAUUGAAGUCCUCACCAAGAGGUGUUUGAUAAAGACAUUGGAUGAUGAUAAGUUUUGGAUGCAUGAUCACCUUAUAGCACUAGGAAAGCAAAUUGUUUAUGAAGAAAAUCAAGAUGACCCUGCAAAGCGGAGUAGGUUGUGGAAUGCGGAAGAAGCCCUUCAAAUCAUAGGAACCGAAGAGCGUAAGGACAAGGUUCAAGCGCUUGAGAUAGAUGGAUUGGACGACAACAUAGAGAUCAAAAGUGAGGACUUUAAAAGUUUACCAAAUUUGAGAUUCCUCCGAUUAGGCCAUGGAACUUUUGUUGGAGACUUCUCAAAGUGUCGUUCAAACUUGAGAUGGAUAUCUUGGCGUCAUCCUGAAAAUUUUAGAGCGAACAAUAUUUAUUUGGAUCAUCUUAUUGUUUUCAAACUUGACAUUAGUAUCUUGAAGGAUGAUUCAAAAGCUUGGGACUUGAUAAAGAGGGCACGGAAUUUGAAAGUUCUAUCACUUACCAGGUGUCAUGGCAUAACAAGAAUCCCAGACUUCUCUAAAUGCUUGGGUUUAGAGAAGUUAACUCUUAAACUUUGCAGUAGGCUAAAGAGAAUUGAAAGCUUCAUUGGAGAUUUACGACCAUUGAUUGAGUUAGAGGUUGAAAGGGGUCUUACAGAUUUGCCUGAAGAAGUGGGGGCACUAUCGAAGCUUAAGCACUUCUUAUUGCAAGGAUGUUCUGGGUUGAUAGAACUUCCAGGCUCACUUGGAAAUUUAACCUCAUUGGCAGAAAUAGGUGAGUUAUCAUACUUGAGGAAUUUGAAGACAUUGGAAAUCGAAAGGUGCAAUGUGCUUACUAAUGUUGAGGGCCUCCACAAGCUAAGGUCUCUAGAAUACUUGAAGGUCAUAGGGUGCACGUCAUUGGGAAGAUUUAUUGGUGCAUCCGGCACAAAUGUUCCAGAUGAUUGCUCUAUCAAUAUAGAGGGGAUUAGUACGAACCGUUAUGGAGAGGAGAUUCUUCCGGAUAUAUCAAACGAGGUGUGA